AUGUCUGCACAAAAAAUUUACCUUGCCUCUCUGCUAUUAUUUAUCUGUCUCGUUUUCCCUCAAUCAACUGCAAUUGUAUGUAAUUUCGAAGGCCAUUGUGUAACUAGUGACGACUGCAUCAACGUAUGCAAAAGUGGGGAGGAUCCAUUCUUGUGCGUUCGUUCAGGCCCACAUAAAGGCAUGUGUUGUUGUUUGAAGACAAAUGGUUCUGUACUAGAAUGA